UUAUUGGGCAUUAUUUAGAAACAGCACAAAAAAGAGCUCAGAAGAAAGAAAAUUUGAAGAAAGUUUGCCUUAUACACGAGGCAAAGACCUCCUUUCCUUUAGGUAUAGUAGAGGAAAUGGUUGGAAGAAAUCAAUGCAUGUUGAUAUUAACUAUAGUCCUUGUGUGUGCAGCUUUCACUUGCUCUGAUAGCAACAUCCCCCAGUCAUCAGCCAAUGCUAGUGAUGAUAAACCAGUUAGUUCCGAUACUCAAGGAAGUGAGGGUGUGGCUAAUAGUGGAGGAGAAAAUGAUAAGAAUGAAAGUGACAUGGGAAAAGAGAACAAGGAAGAGAAGGAAGAGGUCCCUUCUACUGUAACUGAAGAAACAAUGGUUGAUAAUUCUACUGGUGCUAAGGAGGUGGAGCUUGUUACCACGGAGACUGAAGAGACCACGCCUCUAGAUAAUUCUUUGGAACUGGAGAAGAAAGAGAAAGGAAAAUAUAAUGAAUCAACAGAGGAGAGAAAGGAGGAGGAGGAGGGAGACUUAGAAAGGAGAGAAGUAAAUAUUGAAACAAUAGAAUUAACUAAAGAGGCAGAAGGCGAUAAACAAGGAGAGAAUGAUUCAACGACAUUAUCAGAUCAAGAUAAGGACACUUCUUCAGCUCAAGAUGAAGCUACUAAUUCUUCCUCAGAAGAUCACACCUCCUCAAUUAAUGAUACGGAAUCAUCUGAACCUGACGAUAUUGUUACUUUUGAAGAAUUUAAGAAUCGUGCUAGUCAAGAGUUAAACCAACCUAUAAAACAACCCCAAGGUAUCAUCCAUAAAGGUAAUAGUAACAAUUUUGCUUCUUACGAGUGUGGAGCUAAAGUUGUCGCUACAAAUCCCGAGGCUAAAAAUUCUCAUGCAAUAUUGACUGGGAAUAAAGAUGAGUACAUGCUUAAUCCAUGCUCAGCUGAAAUAUGGUUUGUCAUCGAACUAUGUGAAUUGGUCUCUGUCAAUAAAUUUGAAAUUGGAAGCUUUGAGCUAUUCUCUUCUAUACCAGAAUCCUUUGCUGUCUUCACCAGUGAGAGCUAUCCCACCUCUAAUUGGGAGAGCAUUAGCUCGUUUCAGAUGCGUAAUGAGAGGGGCGUACAGGAAUUCCCCCUCGCUGACACGGUCUAUGCCAAAUACAUAAAGAUAGUCAUGCUUAGUCACUUUGGGUCAGAGCAUUAUUGCCCCAUCAGUAUGGUCAGCGUCUAUGGGACUACAAUGAUGGAGGAGUAUGAACUGAGUGAGACACAGAGAACACAAGGAGGGAAAAGAGAUAGUGUAGAAGAUGAAGGGAGAAUCACUAUAACUGAUACUGAUAAUACUGACAGUACAGUAAAGCCCAAUGGCCCUGAGGCAAACAAUCCGUUACUAGCAGCCACUGGUGCUAUUAUAAGUGUCAUUGGCAAAGCGGUUAAUGGACUGAUGGGGAAAGAAAAAAAGGAAAGGAUGAAUCAUAAUAUUGACAGUGAGGAUGAGAGGAGACAGCUUGCUAAAUCCACUAGGCCAGAUGACUUGCAUCAAGUCAGUUUUGAUGAAGCUCGGUCGUGUGUCACUGUAGAGGAAGGAAGGAAGGAUACAGGCCAGCAGCUGUCCAAUGAAAAGGAUUCACAGGAGCUGAGUUCAGACCCACCUGCUACAGGCAGGCCUGUGGAUGUGCCUGUUACUACAGAAGUCACCUCAGUAGCUAGCACUAAUGAAUUGGAACCUACACAGAGAAGAGAUGAUGGAUCUGAUUCUUCCUCCUCCGACACUUUAUUAGGACCUACUAAUGGCCUCUCCUCUUCCUCUAUUAUAACUUCUUCUAAUUCUCAUUCUUCUGAUUCGGAAGUACCAGCACCUUCUACUUCAUCGUCAACACUUAUCACUCCAAUAGACUCCUCCUCUACCCUCUCUCCCAGUUUUAAAGACACUCUCACUUCGUCUGAAGAACUUCUUAUCACUAGUUCCUCGUCUAUAUCCGUGUCCUUGGAACAAAAUAGCUUAAAAACUUUCACGCCAGUUCAUCUAACAAGUACAUUGAUUGAUGCUCCUACAGAAGGACCAGAUUCUAUGGAAUCUACUCCAGUUAUACCUUUGCCAAUUGAAACUCAGUUAAAUGUACAAAACAUCACACAAGAUGAUAGUGAAAGUGAUAGUAGAAGUAUUGUCAAUAGUGAUACUCUAUUACUGAACAAUGGAACUGAUAAUAAUAAUUCCUCUAUGAAUGGUGUACCCCAUAAUGUUACUAAUACUAGGAAUGUCACUAAUACUAGCUCAAGCCUUAAUGUCUCUAACACUACUGAUCCUGUCGAUGAGGGUAACAGUGUUAAUUUCUCUAGCGGGUCUCACAGAGAGAAGUCUGUCUUUCUACGUCUUAGCAAUCGAAUCAAUAAUCUUGAGAUGAACAUGAGUCUCUUUGGCAGCUAUCUUGAUCAGAUUAGCUCAAGUUUGAAGCGAAGUAAAAAUAGAACAGAUGACAUGCAGAAGUCAUUAGAAAGGAGAAUGUCCUAUCUUAACACAACCAUACAGUCACAGGUUCAGUUAAACAUGUCACUAGUAUCAGAUUUGUUAGUAUCAGUUGAUCAUCUUACGUUAUUGCUAAUGGCAGGCCUGCAUAAUGAGAAGAGCAACACUGACAAGAUAGAAAUAGUACUUUUUGCCGUCCUGGGUUUAGGUAUUAUCCAGACACUCAUCCUAGUCUGUAUAAUAGCAGUCCUGCUCCGACUCUCCAGAGCUCAGUCGUCUUUGAGCUUGUCCAUUGAAUCCCUUCACAGCAAUCUAUCAUCAUUGAUCAAAGAAAGACCAAGAGAAGAGGUUAGGGAGGAGGAGAAGGAGAAGGAGGAAGGAGUGAUCAGGACUCGUAGAAAAGGAGGAGGAGAAAGAGAGAGGGGAGAGGAAAAGCAUGCCAUUACUAAGUCUUUAUCACACGAAAGCUUUGAGAAUCGAAGAGAGACAGUCACGACACUGGAUAGCUCUUCACUCCCAUCUAUGAGCAGGGCAAUGACUGAUAGUAGCAUUGAAUGGCACACUGUUUCUCAUGCAAAGAAGAAAAGAAAACACUCGAUAUCGUGUAGAAAAGAAGAGCCACCAAUCACUCAGAAAUAAUAACUAUUGUACAUUUUUAUCGUCUACUUUUCAUAUUCAUACACUAAUUGUUUUAAUAAUGUGUCACCAUCAUCAAUUAAGAACAGAGAUAAGAAAGACGUUUACGGAAUAAAAAUAAAAUGAUAAUAAAAUUGAAAUUGUCAUUUUUAUUUGGACAAGAGACGAUUUCACAAAAGGAUUA